AAUAGUAUUCCACGUGCGUUAAGAAAUCCAACUUUUACCGCAAACCUUUAAGUGCAAUAUGGAUCAAACUACGUCUGAAUCGCCUCUGAAAAUGCUCCUGAACUCAUCAUCGCGGCCACCAGGCUCGUCGACUCAAUUAAGCAAACAACCCCCGCAAGCCGGAAUACUUAUGCAAACUCCAGUUCCUACGGGGCCUCAGGAAGCAAUUAAUUCUGUACUAGUCAGAAACUGUGUGGCUACCGUUAGCGUUGGCUGUGAAUUAAAUCUUAAAACGAUCAACUUCCGAACGCGCAAUUCGGAGUACAACCCUUCCCGCUUUCACGGUGUCGUUAUGCGAAUACGGGAUCCACGCUGUACGGCGUUAAUCUUUAGAUCUGGUAAAGUUAUCUGCACUGGUGCAAAAAAUGAACAACAGGCCCAUCUGGGGUUGCGAAAAUUUGUUCGCAUUAUUCAGAAGCUCAAUUUCGAUGUGAAAUUCCUUGAUUUUAAAGUUCAAAACCUGGUUGCAACGGCUGAUCUCCGGUUCCCGAUUCGGCUGGAAAAUCUAAACCAUGUGCAUGGACAAUUCAGUUCAUACGAGCCCGAACUCUUCCCGGGGCUUAUUUAUCGCAUGGUAAAACCUCGUGUCGUACUCUUAAUAUUCGUAAACGGCAAGAUCGUAUUUACGGGCGCCAAAAACCAGCGAGAAAUCAACGAUAGUUUGGAGAACAUCUAUCCGAUUUUGCAAAGCUUCCGGAAAAAUUAAAGAUCUUUUGCAUAAUCAACCAUUAAGAUGCGAA